GGUUUGUGAAGUCUCAGCGCGUGCAAACACCCUCUUGGACGGUAGCCAGGACCUCUAUAAAACCGAUGAAAGCCGCACCUAAACUCAAAAACUAGAUAAAAGGAGCGAGAGGCACUUGGCAGGUAAACAGACAGUGAGACAGGCAGACGAAUAGAAUGGGAUCUUUUUUAUCACGCUUUAUAGACGGCGGAACUGAAGUGUCCGAUCCGUCGUCAGCGGAGCCAUCUCGGGUCUCGUCUUUUCACUCCUCCGACAGUUGGCAGCUCCAUUUCAAGAACUCCGAAGCUUCAUCCCAGCUCAUGGUGAUAGAUUUCGCCGCGUCUUGGUGUGGGCCGUGCAAGAUCAUGAAGCCAGUCGUCCACGCAAUGUCCUCCACGUUCACCGACGUUGACUUCGUCAAAAUCGACGUCGAUGAAUUACCUGAUGUGGCGGAAGAGUUUAAGGUGCAGGCGAUGCCAACUUUCGUGUUGGUGAAGAAAGGGAAGGAAGUGGACAGGGUGGUUGGUGCUAAGAAGGAUGAGCUCCAGGAGAAGAUCGAGAAGCACAGAGCCCAGCUCCUACCCUCUACCUAAUUGUGUAUGACUCUCUCUAAUUGUGUAUGACUCUCUCUUUCGGUUUGUAUCCCUCGUUUUCAUAAAUCCCAUUAUGAGGAUAAUGAUGAUGGAUUUGGUACCUGAGAUUAAUUUGAUGAUAGAUUGUAAACUCCAUUACGAUGAUGAUAAAUUCCUAUUCAUUAUUUUUUGGUUGGUUUGUCA